CAGCAACGACGUCUGCGCACAUUGAACUUGGAGGAAGUUUUUUUCGGCAAUUUCACGCGUAAAUCAGUAUACACAAUAAGUGUGAUACCCUAUCUACAUGCUACUAAUACUGUUUGAAAGAAGAAAUUGAGAAAAUUAAGUGAUAGUGACAGACACACCUAAAAUUACUUGCAAAUCUUAUUUCUAACUUCUAUAUAAAAUUCAAUUCCGGUAUCUGGUGUACUAAAGCAAACACAUCAAUUGUUUCUCUUAUAUAAAUAUAUAUUAUCUAUAUACAUUUAAUAAAGCAGGUUUAUUAUUAUCCAUUAAAUCAGAUGGAAAUUGGUCCGAAUUUAUGUGUAUGGCCAAUUCAAUCAGGUAUAAAUCACGAAUUGAAUUCUAUGCAAACUUUAUCACCUAUUGUACAACAGAAUAAUUCCUUUGUAUACAGUCGAUCAAAUGGUGUUGUAUUAGAAUUGGAAAGUGACAGUGAAACUGAAUUAGAAUCUACACCACAUCUUGAUCAUCAUGACCCAAUAGAAAGUAAACAUCAAGAAAAUCCUUGUCAAUCACAAUGGAAUACUAGAUUAAUUAAUUUAUCUACAGAUGAAGAUGAAAAAGAUUACUAUCAGUGUAUCGACAACAUUGAUGUUGAUGAAUGCAAUGUUCACAAUAAUUUAAAUGUUAAUAUAAUAAAUAAUCAUGAUAAUACUGUUGACCGACAAGUUGAACUUGGAAAACAGUUAUUAAUAGAUCAUGAAAAUCACCAAAACUUACAGAAUUUUCAUGAUAAAACUGAUGAUAUUGAUGAUAAUAAUAAUAACAAUAAGGAUUAUACAUGUGGAUUUUGUGGCUUCGAUUUUGGUACUGCUGAACAAGUGGAAGAACAUGUCCUGUUGAAACAUUCAGAUAAUUUAACUACUUCGAAUUAUAGUAGAACUGCAUCUACAAAUACUUCUGAUUCUUCUUCUCCAACGGUUCUUACCAACACCAUUAUUACUACUAGUAAUAGUAGUAGUAGUAGUAGUACAGUUACCAUCACCAAAAAUUCCAAAUAUUCAGUAGAUCCUGCUUCGAAGUUCAGUAACCUCAGAUCAAUAGCGAAAGAGAGUAGGAAAUUACUAAAAAAUGACUAUGAAAUGUCAAAAGAAUUUGUUAAAGAAUCUUCUUCAACCGCUGAAAUGGACGAUCAACAAUUGAUAAGAAGUGAUAAUGAUUUUCCAGCACUUGUUACAAAUAACCCAAUGAUAACUGACUGCCCUUUAUGUGAUCGAACAUUUGUUGGACGUCGAUCAUUAAAUAUACAUUUGAAUAAAACACAUUCUAUUAAAGAAAAUGGCAGUAACAUUAAUAAUAAUACUAAUAGUAAUAGUAUUGAUAAUCCUGGCAGUGUAGCAAAUAAUGCAGAUACUCAACAACUGAAGACCAAUUCUGUGUCAAAAUCAACACGCCUCGCAUGUUCUCGUUCUUUAAGAGGACUUGAUGGGAGUAAAAAUAGUGAUGUUAAUAAUAAUAAUAAUAAUAAUAAUAAUAAUAAUAAUAAUAAUAAUAAUAAUAAUAAUAAAACCACAAAUGAAACAACAAAAUCUACAAGUGAAAAGUCUUUAUGCAAAAUUGUAGUUCGACCACCGAUUCUUCCAAGACCAUCUCGUAUGACUAAUUCCAUGACUGGUUCGUCGACAUCUCCAUCUAAAAUAAAUGUGGACAAGAAAAACUUACAAAGUGAAUCAUCAUCGUCAUCAUCAACUUCACAAGAUAUUUCUGUAUCUAGAAAUAAUGAAUUUGAAGAGUUAAAUCCUCAAAAAUCUCGGCCAACUGUUUAUGCAGUCUCACCUCCAUUAGCAACAGAGCAAAGUGGUCUCAAACUUCGUAUUAUCUCAUUAGAUGCAGUAAAGAAAUCAACAAAUAUAUAUUCAACAUCACACAAUGUUAAGAAUGAUCAUUUAGAUAAAUCACAUUUGACCAAUGAUAUAAAGUUAGCAUCUGCUACUUGCCCCUCACCCUCUUCAUCCCCCUCUCCCUCCUCGUCAUCAUCAUCUUCCGCAGCAAAAUCAUCUUUAACAACUCGAAUAACGUUGAAGAAACAUAAUACAGACGAAAAAUAUGAAUCAGCCUUUACUUCACUACAUUCUUCAUCAUUGUGCAGAAGAUCUCCAGUGAAUAUCAAUUCAAAAGAUGAUAACUGUUGCAUUUCAAAUAUUUCUCAAUCGCCUGUUUCUUCAUUACAAAGAGCUAUAUCUUAUCCUCUUGAUUCAAAUGAAACUUACAAUUUUAGUGAAGUUGAUCAUAUGAACUUAAAGUAUAAUUUUUCAACUAACUAUAAAACUUCAUUACAAUUAGACUUGAGAUCUUCAAAUCUUUCUGAUUUACCUACUGGAAAAUCUGAAGCUAUGGAUACAAGUCUUCGAACAAGUGAUGGUUUAUAUAAAUGUCGUAUAUGUAAAAGAUUAUUUGCUAAUCGUUAUUCAUUAACAGGACAUUAUAAAUCACAUUAUGAACCAAGUCAAAAACCAUAUUGUUGUGAUGAUUGUGGACAACGGUAUACUUCUCCAAGUAAUCUACAUUAUCAUCGUGGGCGUAAUUGUCCAGUGUUGAAAUUAAAAGCAAUUAAAGAAGGUAAACUUAUACCAAGUAGUGUACAAAAUACCAAAUUACUAGAAUUAAAAGCUUUAAGAGCUGUUGAACGGAAAGCUUUAAUGAAUAAGUUAAAAGAUCAGAAUGAUGCGAAUAUUAAUGAGGUUAAAGAUAAUAUAGAUGAAAUAGAACAACACCAACCAUCAACAAAUAAAAAAUCUCGAUUAUCAACUUGUAAGUUUGAUGAUAAUUGUGUGACUACUUCAAAAAUUGAUAGUAGUAUCAAAUGUUCAAAGGAAAACAUGACGUUAAAAAGUCCAAAUUCACCUAGACCAUCAAUCAAUGAUAAUAUUGGCAAUGGUGUUACUGAUAUUGGUAAUAUGACUCAAGAAAAUGAAAAUAGUUUACAAAUACAAGAGAUUGUACGAUUGUUUUUAAUGCAUGCCUAUCAAUCAGAUGAAUUACGUCAACAAUUAUUAUCAUUAACAUCAAAUGCGUUACUUACUGCAUUAUUACCAACGAAUGGAUUUAAUUCAAAUAUGUUUAUGAAUCCAAAUUCCACAUCAAAUCAACAGUUAUUCAAUCUACUCUCUAGUUUCAUCAGUUCUAAUUGUUCAACAGGAAGAACCAUAAAUAAUGAUCAAACUCAUGAUAAUAGUAAUUUGUUGUACAUGCAACAAAAGUCUGCCAUAGAAAUACCAUCAAUGCAAUCAAAUUGUUCAGGAUUAUCAACAGAAGAACCUACAGAUCUCACAAGUACAUCACAUAAUUGUAUUAGGCAGAAUAAUCAACCUAACUCAUCAGGCAUUCAAUGUUCAAUCUGUCGUCAAGAUUCUCAUGUAUUUCAAGAUAUUCAAGGAUUACAAGAACAUAUAAUCUCAGCACAUUCUAAAUAUAAUAGAUCUCUAUCGGAAACAACAACAGAAACGGUGAACUUAAUCAAACCUUUGAUGAGAUGUCAUUCAUUAAAUGAAACAGUCCCUUCUAGUAUUGAUUGGAAUAUGAAAACCACCAGUUCUACGCCUACUACUCCAAACAUACUGUUGCAACAGCAUUAUCGCCAUCAUCAACCCCAACAAGAACAAGAACAACCCAUAAAUUAUUCAGAAGAUUUAUCAAUAAAUAAUUAUAAAUCACCUGAUACUACUGAGCAAAAAUCAUUAUCCGUAUUAUCUCAACGGAGUCUUCAACCUUCCAAUUUAGUAUCAUGUACAGAUUGUGAUAGAGAAUUUUCAUCAUAUACCGCUUUUCGUGUACAUCAUACAAAAUCACAUCAAUCUGCCAUUAACAGACAACAACAUAAUCAUAGUAAUCAACGAAAAUCUAAUUCACAGCGUAAUUUAAACAAAUUACAAUAA